UUGUAUGUUUGAGUGAGUGAGUGUGAGAAAUACUUUACAGUUGCACGUUGUGUGCUCCUCUCUGUUUCUUGGUAGUAAUUCAUUCAUUCAUUCAUUCAUACGAGAAAUGCCGAACUCUUUUUCAUUUUCUUUUCUUUUCUCUUAAUAAUGCCUCCAACCGUCCCUGUUGUGGUCACCAUGGAAAUUCAUGGCAAGGAGAGAGCCAAAAAUGGCAACCAACUCCGAUGGCUUCUUCUUCUCAGAGCUCACAGAGCCUUCGCUUCUGCUGCCUGCUUUGCAAACACGCUCUCUUCAUUGCUUCCUUCUCUCAACAAGAGACUCCUUCAUCGUUCCAUCGACAACUCCUCCAAGGGCACCAUUCUCUUCAGACUCAUCCUCACGUUCUUGCUCAUGGCCUUCGCAUUCUUGUCUUUUGAGCUCUUUGCUCACUUCAAAGGCUGGCGUUACUUCCAGGGACACAACAGUAAUUUGCACAUCCCUCGAACCUUCGAGAUCAAAGGAUUCUUCCAUAACGCUUACGUCAGCUGGUUGGAGUUCAGGGCUGGUUAUAUUGCACCUCCAAUUCAGUCUCUAUCGACAUUCUGUGUCGUUCUCUUUUUGAUUCAGUCUCUCGAUAGAAUGCUGCUCUGUUUGGGAUGCUUCUGGAUCAAGCUCAAGAAGAUUAGGCCAAAUAUUCAACGUGAUGAUUUGGAUUUGGAGUUGGAAGGAUCUAACUCUGAACACCCUAUGGUACUGGUUCAAAUUCCCAUGUGUAAUGAGAGAGAGGUGUAUGAGCAAUCGAUUUCGGCAGUGUGUGAAUUGGAUUGGCCGAAAGAUCGGUUGCUGAUUCAGGUUUUGGAUGACUCAGACGAUGAGGGGAUACAGUGGCUGAUCAAAGGAGAAGUAUCAAAGUGGAGUCAGAGAGGUGUGAACAUCAUCUACCGCCAUAGAUUGUUUAGAAGCGGGUACAAAGCUGGAAAUCUAAAGUCUGCAAUGAAGUGUGAUUAUGUGAAGGAUUAUGAGUUUGUUGCAAUCUUUGAUGCUGAUUUCCAACCAAAUAGAGAUUUCCUGAAGCAGACAGUGCCAUACUUUAAGGGGAAUCCUGAGGUGGGACUGGUUCAGGCAAGGUGGGCAUUUGUGAACAAGGAGGAGAACUUACUCACAAGACUCCAAAACAUUAAUUUAUGCUUUCACUUUGAGGUAGAACAGCAGGUCAAUGGGGUCUUCCUUAACUUCUUUGGCUUUAAUGGAACCGCCGGUGUUUGGAGAAUAAGAGCUCUUGAAGACUCUGGUGGCUGGCUUGAGAGGACUACUGUUGAAGACAUGGAUAUUGCUGUCAGGGCCCAUCUCAAUGGCUGGAAAUUUAUCUAUCUCAAUCAUGUCAAGGUUCUUUGUGAGCUUCCUGAAUCUUAUGAAGCCUACAAGAAACAACAGCAUCGAUGGCAUUCUGGUCCUAUGCAGCUCUUUCGUUUGUGCCUUCCAGCCAUUAUAACCUCUAAGAUUGCAUUUUGGAAGAAAGCAAACCUAAUAUUUCUAUUCUUUCUGCUGAGAAAGCUAAUCCUGCCAUUCUAUUCCUUCACAUUAUUCUGCAUCAUUCUUCCUUUGACAAUGUUUGUCCCAGAGGCAGAGCUUCCAAUCUGGGUUAUAUGCUUCAUUCCUGUAUUCAUGUCCUUCUUGAACAUCCUUCCUGCGCCUAAAUCCUUUCCCUUCAUCGUCCCUUAUCUGCUUUUUGAGAAUACAAUGUCUGUAACGAAAUUCAAUGCCAUGGUAUCCGGUUUGUUCCAGUUAGGAAGUUCAUAUGAAUGGAUUGUUACCAAAAAGGCUGGCCGGUCGUCCGAGCCGGACUUGUUAGCGGCCCAAGAGAGGGAAUCCAAGGCCAUUAGUCUCCAACAACUGCAGAGAGGAGCUUCUGAUAGUGGACUUUCUGAUCUUAACAAAAUAAAAGAAUGCCAAGAAAGUGUUGCUAUAAAACCUGUAAAGAAAAUGAACAAGAUAUACAAGAAAGAGCUUGCACUUGCAUUCUUAUUGCUCACUGCUGCAUUUAGGAGCUUGUUAUCAGCACAAGGGAUGCACUUCUACUACUUAUUGUUCCAAGGAGUGUCAUUCCUCCUUGUAGGUUUGGAUUUAAUUGGAGAACAAAUGAGCUAGAGGAUCAUAAGAAUUUGUUGUUGUUACUAUUAUUAGAAAGAUAAACAAUUCAAGAGGCCAACCAAUUGUGGAAUUGCUGCUAUACAAAGAUGUUGGUUUUGGCAGUUAUAUCAUAUGCAAGGUUCCUGGAUAAUGUGGCUCAUCAGGUAAAAAUGCUGAAAGCUCUACCAUUGAGUCAAAUCAUAUGAAUAAGUUUGUUAUUCUUCUUCUUCUUCAAGUGCUUUUAUAGAGUUUUUUUCUGCUUUUUUGUUUCUUUUUUUUUUAAUUGUUCCCGGGAUAGGUUUACUUGUCCAUUGAUUGUUUUUCAUUUUCUUUUUUUUUUUCAAUUUUCUGUAAUGUAUAAGCCGAUUCGUUUUUCUCUCAGUUCAGUAUCAAAUUGUUGCUCAAUUCACUCUUGGUUCAUAUGUAAUUAAUUAC